AAAGUCAUUUGAUUCUGUUCUUCUUGUGAGUUAAGAAUGAAGAUCUUCGUCGUUUUUUUCUUUGCUUUUGCAUUCGCAAAAAUUUUGGCGUAUCCAAAGUAUUAUGCUGAAGAAGCUUUCAAGUGGAAGAAUAUCGAAUAUGAAGCUCUUUUGCAACCAGAAAACUCCUACGUGGGUCCUUAUCCGUACUAUAUCCCGGAGAAUAAUGCAAUUGGUGGAAUGGCGUACCAUCCUGCCAGUGGAUUGAUGAUUGUGGAUAUCGUGAGACUCAGACCGGGAGUUCCAUUAACAUUGGGCGCAUUCUGCACGAGGGACUACAAAAAAGGAUCAAGCCCUAAAAUUUGGGGUUUUCCAGACUACGAAUUGAAUGCUCUGGAAGCAACGGAUUUUGCAAAUGAGAAAAUAAACAAGAGAUCAUGGGAUCAAGGAGGAUUCAAUCAGAGUCAAGAUUUUAGAACUCAUCAGAACUACGUUCAUAAGAUACCAAUUUAUGGUGAACCUCCUAAUGUUGCUAUUGAGCCUCUAUUUGAAAUUAAGCGCAUAAUUGCUGUCUUUCACACAACAAUCGAUGAGAAAUGCAAUCGUGUAUUCUUUGUGGAUAAUGGAGAGUUUCAGUACUACCAGAAUACCACCUACACUGUCCAGAAACCUUCUCUGUGGGUUCUAGGUAUUCCCGAAGAUGCUUGUACGAGCAGAAACUUCUCAGUUAUUCGUCGAUUGGAAGUUUCUGAUAGAAUAGCUGCAAAAGGAUCAGGAUUUACGCAAAUCUACCUCGACUACACGUCAGACUAUUGCGAUGAUCUCUUCCUCUACAUUACAAAUCCCUUCGUGGGCUACCUCAUGGUUUAUGACUACAGGAAAAGUGAAUUUUAUUACUUUGAUCAUGAAACCUUUCUUCCAAUUCUUUCGGAAUCUUAUUUAGUCUUUAAUGAGAAGUUUCAUUUUCAAAUGAACUUGGGAAUUUUCGCCAUUAGUCUAGGAUAUCCAGACAAGUAUGGGCAGAAGAUAGCUUACUACACGGACAUUGCUAGCACAGCUCAAUAUGAGGUUUCAACUGCAAUUCUCAGAGAUCGCAGAAAAUCUCCGGAAAAUUACAGAAAGGACGAUUUUAGGAUCAUGGGCUACCGUGGGGAUCACCAUCAAUGCUUCAAGACACUCAUUGACUACGAAACAGGCGUGAUGUUCUACUCUGAAGCUCAAUCAAAUCAAAUUCGUUGCUGGAACAUCAAGAGACCCCUCAAUCCUGACAACAUUGAUGUUGUUUUCGAAUCAGAAAAGUUUGAUUUUGGCCUUCAGAUGUUUUUGGACUCACAGGGAUACCUCUGGUUCCUCUACAACGUGGUACCGAUAAUCUGGGCUUCGGACAAACCUCUUGAUCUCAACCAAGUCAACACUAGAUUUUUCCGUAUGAAAGCAUCAGAAGUAAUUCGAGGAACAGUCUGUGAGAAUAUUUAAAUUUCUCAAUAAUGAAAGAACUUAACUGAAAGAAGAAUAAAAGAUCUUAUAAUUCAGGAUUAA